AUGGGAGUUGAGAAAAUAGAAAUGGAAAACUUAGACUCUAAACUGAUGGAGACAGGAAGAAAGCCACCUGCACCCAAACCACCAAACAAAUAUGAGAGGGUGUUCCAGCCCUGCUUAGCUGAGAUCGUGGGGACCAUGUUUUUUGUUUUCAUUGGCUGCGUGUCAGUCAUCGAGAAUGUGCCUGCAGCUGGACGCUUGCAGCCAGCUUUGGUACAUGGACUGGCUGUUGCAGUGAUGGUGGCCGCCAUGGAUAAGAUAAGGUAAUUCAUGUGAGAGAUUAAUGACCUAGAUACAGAUGCUCAGUGAAAAGGCUUUUUUUCCUACUUGUUUUGUUCUUUUUUGUCAUACUAUUUAUCAAUUUACUUAUGAAAAAAUGUGUACUUUUCCAUUUGAUCUAAGAUUUUUUACACUGUUUCUCUUCCUCAAGCGGCUCCCAUUUUAACCCACCAUUUACUAUUGCCAUCUACCUGUGUGGUGGCAUGGAGCCAUCACUGGUGGUACCCUACCUUGUCAGCCAGUUGACUGGAGGAGUGCUGGGGGCUGGAAUGGCCAAAGUCAGUAAAAAGUAAACUGCAAAAAUUCUGUAGUGAUGAAUGUUUGACAUCCUGUUAGUUCACACCGAGAUGGUUUCAUGAUGUUAUUUACAGUUAAACGAAGGUUUAGUUACAUUAUCAGAGUUUAUUCUAAAGGGGUCAUGUGGCUAAGUUAAAGUUAUUAAAAAGAACUUUAGCCAGGUAUGUUACGUUAUGUUACGUUACGUUACAUUACGUCAAAGCCACAUCUCAUUGUGUCCUGUAGGGGCAAAAAAAGUCAUGUCAUUUCAACUAUACACUAUGAUUUCAUAGAUUGCACAUCUGGUGACUUGACGCUAUGCUACAUUUCUAUAUAUUACAUGUGAUGUGUUAUGUACAGUUUAUUGUUAUAUGUUUUGUAACAGGUCAAUGUUAUAUCAGUUUACAUAGAUUUGUAUGACUUUGGUUUCAUUAUGUUCGGUAAGGUGGAAAUAAUAUAAGGCUGCAUUUACCUUGGUCACAUCACAACAUAUUACUUUUUGUUUAGUCGUUUUUUGUUACUUUUUUUCUAUGUUAUGUUUUUAAAUGUUUAAUAUGUUUGUCACGUUACAUUACGUUAUGGUACAUUAUGUUACAUAAGGUUAUGAUACAUCAUAUGCUAUGCUUUGGUACAUUUUGUUACAUUACACUUUGUCACAUACUUACCUUUGCAUUAUGUUAUUUAAUGGGAUAUGUUACAUUGUGUCACAUCUGAUUUGAUUACAUCUGUUCAGUCAGGCCAUUUAAAAUGUAAUUUUACAACUAUGUUGCUUUGCAUUGUUUCAUGUUGCAUCACGUUAUGACAUGUAAGGAUAUCAUGGGAUACGGUACUCUGGGCCAUGUAAGUUCAGUUUUAAUAAUUUAGGUUGGGUUUAGUUAGGUUAAACUCAUGCAGGUGAUGUUAAAUAAUCCCUGUCUUAUUCCUGUGAAGAAAAUUAGGGCUUUCUUACAAUGAAAUAAACCAUGUUAAUCUAAUCUCUGAUAUUAAAAUCAAGCUCAUCACAACUUCUACCUCACAGAUGAUGACCCCUGCAGAACGUUACAUCAACGCCACAGGAGCAGCGUUUGAUAUACUCAAGUCAGACAGUCAGCUGGCAGGCGCUGUCUUUGGGGAGGUGGCUAUGACCUGCUUAGUCACCAUGGUGGUGCUGCUGGUGGCAGUAAACCACAAGACCAAAACCCCGUUGGCCCCUUUCCUCGUGGGCUGCACUGUCAUCAUUAAUAUCCUGGCGGGGUAAGAUAAAGAAGGGGUAACCAUGUAUCUUAUAAUGCUUGAACAGGCUGCUAUUUGAAGGCAGCUCACUUGCCCUAGAAAUGUUAAAUGCCCUUAAAAAUUACUUUUUCUUUGUCUGGCGCCACUCUGUGGACAAAGUGUUCUAUCUCAUCUCUUAGUGGAUUUAUUGUGUUGUUGUGUUUUUUUGACUUUUUGAAGUCUUUUAGCUAACAGAUGCGUUACUUGCUUGGAAUCUUUGCCAUAGAAAGGACAAUAAAGGUCUCAAUCAUCUCUUUCAGACAUCUACGCCAUAACAGCAGUUUCCAAAAUUAAAAACAGAUACUUUCUCUUCUACUUAAUAUCUUCAUAUUGGCUAUACAUAAGCUACAAGAGCCCACUACACAGAACUACAAAAGAACAGACUUUUAAUUAAAACUCCAACAUUUAUAUUUAAUAUUAAUAUUCAACACUCAGCAUAUAUUAUAGAUGGUUAUUCAACAUUUGUAUUCAAUAUUUAACACAGAGUGAUUAUUAAACAAACAGAGUGAUAUCUAAUAUCUAUAUCUAUAUUUUACAUUUAAAUUUGACCAUGACGUUAUCUUUAAUACAUUUUUUUGCAUUAAUUAAAAAGAAAAUUUUAACAAUUAUUUAUCUUAAUGUAAUGUUAAAAAAAAAUACAAAAAUAGUUCACUCCACUUUUGAAAAAUACUGGAAGCUGGUUGAGGGACAAAUCCUCCUGCUUUUUCCAUAGGGGUAUCAAAUUCAACUCAGUUCCUGACAGGAGCUUUAAGGUUAUACAUUAAUUCGGGGGGCUUCUUAAUUUCUCUCAGACUGUAUUGAAUGCCCGAAAAUAAAAUGAUUUUAAAAAGAUCCUAUGAUUGAAAAAAGUGUAGAGACAAAAUUUCAAGUAAAUUGGAAACUGGAAAAUUUUAUUGUUGUAUAAAAAAAUACAUGCGUAAUCUAAAUCUAAUGUCAUGUUUCAAAAAGUGCAGUGAUAACAAAACACAGAAAAUUCCUGAGGAACAUCUUCCCUCAGGUUUAUUGCAGGUUAGCAACAUGACCGGGUGUAAAAAAGUAAAGGUUUAGAGUUUGCAGACGACACUUUUUGGAAGUCCUGGACACAAAGAGGAGAGGUGCCACCUUAUCAAUAGUGCUUAGUUCAAAAGCCAGCAGCAGGUGAUGGGCUUACACAUUUGGGGUGGAAUUAGCUACUUAUGCCGAACAAUUCAUACAGACUUUGAAGCAACAGAUAAUGCUUUUUCUGGGGGAAGGCCUCCUAUAUUUCAGCAGGAUGAUGCCUCACCAUAUUCUGCAGUGCAACAUAGCAAUAGAAGAGUAGUAGAAGAGUCUAGGUGCCAACUGGCCUGCCUGAAGUCCCAAUUUUUCACCCAGUGGAAUGAAAAAUACAUUAAACCUGCACAUGGUCUCCUUCAUUUCCAAACUUUCACUAUAUGUGUUAAAAAGUAAUGCAACAAAAUAGAACAAAUGCACCUGCCUUACCUUUUUGGUGAUAUGUUGCUGGUAUCAAAGUUAAAAUGGUGGUUUGUUUACAUAUAACAAUUCUUUAAUUUCAAUAUUUGAUGAAGUCUGAUGCUGAAUUUUAAUACUUUUGUUUAGAGGAGACAUAUCAGGAACAUGUCUGAAUCCUGCCAGGGCCUUUGGUCCGGCAGUGAUGACGAACUACUGGACCUAUCACUGGGUUUACUGGGUGGGACCUGUGGGAGGAGGUGUGGUAGCUGCUGCCCUCCUAAGGUAAGACCCUUGAAUGAAAUAAAUAUUUAUAUAUUGAAUUAAAAUAAGUUUUAAAAAAAACAAAAAAACGAACGAAGUUGACAAUGUUUCCUUUUUGUUUCAGGCUCAUUCUCGGUGAUGAAAGGUUACGGAUCGUCAUGAAAACAUGAGAUUUGUGUGUUUUAUUGCAAAGUGCGUUAAUGAACUGAAACCUUGUAUCAAUGCAGGCAAAUGCUUUUGAUUCAUGCCUUAGCAUAGGAUCAAGGCUAUCAAAUGAUUAAGGAUAUUGGUGGAGACUUUUUCAUGGAAUAAAGAUGUAAC